AUGAUUUACCCGAGUGGCAUCCCCAAAGUAGCCUUCACAGACCAACCCCGUCCGAACAACUAUGGAGGCAAACCCGUCCAGGUCCUUGUCCUGCUGGUAGCGGUUAACAACGACCAGAAGGCACCUAAUAACACCAGCAGUACAGCCGACGCACGAACCAUUCCGGCAAGACAUGCUGAUCUGACCAAAGCCCUGAUCUUGGCACUGAGUGUGUGCUACCGAGCAUCACUGAGAAGUCGAGAGGAGUAUGAUCGUCACAUCAUUGGACGUUUCCACCACCCAUGUGUUCUCCCAGGACGACGGGAUAUAAACCAGUUUGUUGACAUCAUAAACAGCUGUCAGAGAGUGUUUGUGGAUGAAGUCCAGCUUGAAGACAACAUAGCAAAGAACCAGGCCCUCAAAGAGAACCUGUUCAUGAUGGUUGUCUGUAUUGAACUGAGGAUCCCCCUGUUCCUGGUGGGAAAACCAGGCAGUUCCAAGUCCCUGGCCAAAACCAUUGUUGCAGAUGCCAUGCAGGGCAACUCAGCCAGAUCAGAGCUAUUCAAACAACUAAAACGUGCACAGAUGGUGUCAUUCCAGUGCAGUCCUUUGGCCACUGCUGAAGGUAUUGUCGGUACCUUCCGUCAGUGUGCUCGCUACCAGCAGGACAAGGACCUGGACAGGUUUGCCUCCAUCGUUGUUCUGGAUGAGGUUGGUCUGGCAGAAGACUCACCAAGGAUGCCACUCAAGACACUUCACUCUCUGUUAGAGGAUGGUUAUCAGGGACUUGAAGAAACUGGUCAAGAUACGAAGGUUAACAAGGUUGCCUUCAUUGGCAUCUCCAACUGGGCACUGGACCCUGCCAAGAUGAACCGAGGUAUCCUGGUGCAGAGAGAAGUACCUGAUACGAAAGAACUUGUAGAAAGUGCAGAGUGCAUGAUGGUGAUCCAGACUGUACACCAACUGGUCUCUUGAAGGCUGCCCUGUUUGGAGACUGUACAGACAGUGAGAGCCGUUACCUUUUGCUUCUAACUGAGAACUAUGGAGCUCUGGGCAUCCUGCAGCAAGAGAUUCUUGACAAA